CCACUGGUGCAGAAUUAUUACAAUUUUGUCCAGCCUCGUUCAUUACGAUCGUCACCUAGCUGCACCCGGCGAAGCCUACACGUUCUGCCCACUCGUUCAACGAGGUGCUGCUUCUCCCUGCGCGCCAGCGGCUUGCUAUGAAGUCAAGCACGCGUACUUCAUCGGCUUGUAGACGUGGAACUGCUAUGGGCCGACAGCUGUCGCAACCUGGCCUUUGGGGCGCCCGACACGCCCCUGCUUCGGGGUGCCAUCAGGCCCGCGGCCGUUUCUACCACGGCGUCAGCCACGGCAUUGCAUGUGCAGGCCGCUAUAGCUCGGAGACUGAGAUGCUUUUGGCGGCGCGCACGGCUUCGGAACAGAAGCACCGGCCGGACUCCAUUCGGCUGGCAGGCGUCACGUUUGAUGGGCGCCAGGAGCUAGUUCGCGCCCUGCAGCCCGACCAGAUGCUGCUGCUAGAGCGGGAGCCAUGGAACCCGCACGACGCAGCGGCUGUGCGGGUGGCUGACCUGCGCGGCCGCACACUGGGCUAUGUGCCGCGCAAGGACGGCCAGAACAGCCGCUACGGCCGCACAGAGCACGGCUUCGCCAUCACGGCGUCAACGGGGCCGGUGGCCGAGCCGGGGUCAUCUAACUACGGCGCAUAUGUCCUUGCUCGGCCUGACCUGGCCAGCCUGACGCUGGAGCCGCUGCUGCCGCCCGCCGCCAGCGAAGCCGCACGCCUGUCAGACCUGCCCGCCGCGCUGGGGCCGCGCCUGCCUGCGCUGCGUGCCGCCAGCCUGGCCGCAGCCAAUUACAAGUGCGAGGUCACAGGGGCGGCGCAAGAGCAGCUGCCGCUGACGCUGGUGCCCCUGUGGCGGUUCAACAGCGCAGCACGUAGCGUGCAGCUGAUACGGCUGGCGGCGCUGAGCCAGCCGCUGGCAGAAGCCAAGAGCCGGUUGGAGCAAGGGCUGUCGGAGGCGGCUGCCGCCGCUGUCGGGGCGGGCACGUUGCUGGGCGCAGCGGCCGCGGCGGGCGGGGGCAGCGGGAGUAGUGCUGGGGAUGAAGCAGGCGCCGCACUGUCGGGAGUGCUUCGUGGCUUGCUGGCCAUGCCCGAGGCGGGUCUUUUCGCGGAGAUCAACGGUCUGGGUGAGGAGGAUGUACUCGCGUACUUCCUGCUGGUGUGCCGGAGAGCGGUGGCGGUGCAAGCUGAGGGCUGGCGGGUAGAGCUGCUGAUGUAGUGAUGCCGCUGUGGGUCCUGGUACGCCACCAUGGUUGAGGGGCAACCAGCCGUUGAAAUUGCGGACCCUGUGGUUGAUCCAAUGACAAAGCAGCGGUGGUCAUGGUUUCAUUGUUUCAUUGCAGAAAGUAGGGUACGUUGCUGUUGCGCCCACAGCGGUUGCUGAACGCCUUUCUGUCCGUUUUCGC